GGACCUUCCGUUUUUCUGCGUUGCUCUAUGUUUUUAGCCGACCAUUAGAAAUUAACUGGCUGAGAGAUUUUGUUUUUAUCCCUCGAAGGGGUGCGCCGUCGCCAAUUAAGGGUCAAUCCCUGAGUUCGGUUGAUUUCCAGGAGUCACCUAGGAUGAUUUUCUCAGUAGCAAAAAUAAUAAAAAUAAUAAAUUAUGUAUAAUAAUAUAAAAACUAAUAAAUUAUAAAACAAUCAAAAAAUAAUAUUAGAGAUGCGCGGAUAAAGAGUUUUCUGACGCCAAUUCGAAUUGAAUUGUAUUUCAUUUCUUUGUUCGAAUUCAAAUUGAACCGAAUUACGAAUUAAAUUAAAUCUAAUUAAAUAGUUGAAACACAACUUUUAAUUAACGACAUAAUUAUUGGAGGAUACUGAUAAAUUUUAAGACACGAAAAAAAUUGAAUCCUAUUUGUUUCGAUUUUAGAAAUUCGUUUAUGAUAAUUCGUUUUUCUAGUGAGAACCUUCCGAUUCUCUCCUGUUUCUCUAACGACAUUUUUAUUGCCGGAAUUCGGGGUGAAAAGGAAGAACGUGUUAGGAGAGAAAGGGACAAAAGAAAAAGAAAAGAUUUAUCCAUCCCUUCUGCUUUUUGCCUUGGCGCGGAGGGCGGAUUCGUUCGUCCGGUUGCAGCGUCAUCGCAUCUGAUUACACUGGGAGGCCUUUCGCCCUCCUUUCUUCUCCCAUCGCGCUCGUUAGCAUCCGCACUACCGCCAGGAUCGUCGAGAGGUCAUUAUCAUUAUCCAUAUAAAUUACCGCGCGGGCGCGAUUCUCAAUUUUACUUGUCGCAACUCACGGAAAGCUUGGGAAUCCUUAUACUUAACGAAGCAUCCAGUGGUGAAGGGUUGAUGCAAAACAAAUGAAAAAAAGGAGUUUUUUAUCAGGCUCUGAAAACGGAAUAUCACUUUCGAAAUAGAGGAUACAUCCCGAAUAAAUGACAUUUUCGGUUGUUUGCAAUGAGAUAACUUCUUGUAUUUCUUGUAUCAAUUAAGGUUUUUUAAAUUAAAAAUGAAAUAUGAGAAAUGAGAUAUUGCAAGGUUGUAGAAAAAAACUAAUACAUAUUUCUACUUAAAAGUAUUAAAUUCGACAAAAUGUUAAAGUUAUUUUACAAUAGUACAUUUUUUUACGAACUAUGAGAAUCCUUAAAAUAAUUGUUAAUGAAGAACUGAGAGACAUUAGCAUUCAAAAUAAUCUACAUUAUUGUUGCCAAUAUAGAUAAUUUUAAUUUAGAAAAGUAAACAUAAUAAUCGAUGAGAAUUAAGUAAAUCCGAUAAGGAUUUUGAAAAAUCGAUUAUGGGAAGUAAUCGACCUAUACUUUAGUCGAUGUACAAAUCUCGAUUAGUCGAGAGAGCGUUGUUGCUGCUCCACAUUGUUCAUGUAGAUAAGGUUAGCUUGAUUUCUAACCUACAAUCUUUACAAAUCUUUAAAAUACGUACCAUAUAUCUACCAUAGAUCUGGCACAUUAAACUUUCAAAAAAAAAAAAAAAAAAACAAAUCUUUAAAAACUUACAAUUAUAAUAUAUAUGUAAAUAGCAGUUGAAAAGUCUGAUUUAAAGACAUUAAUUUUUAUGAAAUAGUGUUAUUCUCGAAGAAUGUCUACUAAUACUAAGAGAAAGAGUUUGUCGCCAUGGGUAGAGUGUGUCAAGUGUAAAUGCGCUCUGGCCCAAAAAGAUGUUUCCCUGCACAAAGCAAGCUGCCCACCAGCUAUAGAAAAUUGGGAUCACCCUUUUGUCCUCAAUGGAGUUUUGUACAGCACAAUAGAAGUCUUUCAAAAACAAGAAUUACCUACACGCAUUUCUGAGAGGGAUGCUAAUGAUAUGGUAUUUGUGUCACAGUCCACUAUGCAGUUAUGCGAGAUUGCGCUUGGAUCGCCGGCUGUCAUCACGACAAAAGACGAGGUGGUUGUCAAAACGGCCUGGCCGACAAACGACAAAAGUCUGACAAGUGUCACUUUAACAAAAUAUGCUAUUGAACUAAACAAUCUGUCAGGGUUAGUCAAAGUAUGUUCCUUGCCAUCUGAUACCCAGAUUGCAAAGGAAAUUGUAGUUAGUCAGCAAGGCAAACGUUUAAUAUCUGAAAUAAGCGUGGAAUUGGACAACAUCUUAAAAUAUUUUAAUGAGCACAAGAUUUUCACUGUUGGCAAUAGGAUAAGCAUACCAUAUUAUGGCAAGAAAUUGGUGUAUAAAAUUGUUGAAAUCAAGAUGGAAGAAAACCAGAGGAAUCAUACCAAAAUGAUGGAUGUAAACGAUCUAUCAAAAGAUUUGGAAGAUAUAAAUCUAACAACUUCUUCCACAAAAGUGAACUUUUAUAAAGCACUGUAUACAACGAAAUGGACAAUCUUAAAUAUUACGAACAAAAGUAAAGAGAACGUUCCAAGAAGACAGUAUAAGGUCGAUGAUAUCGGCGGAUACAAUGAUCUCAUAACCGACAUAAGAGACAUAGUUGCAAUAGGCAUUGGCAAGUACAGGAGCAUCGAGCACUUCAACGUCAGCAAAGGGAUAUUAUUGUACGGUCCUUCUGGCGUUGGUAAAUCGAUGAUAGCGAACGCCGUAAUCUCGGAAUGUAACGUCGAGAGGUUUACCAUGUACAGUUCGGACAUUUACAGCAAGUCCGUCGGUGAAACGGAAGGCAAGCUCAAAGAGGUGUUCACCAAAGCGAUAUCGAGCGCCCCGAGUAUAAUACUGUUGGAGGACGUGGACAGCUUGUGCCCUAGGAGAACCAGUUCCAGCACGGAUCACGAGAAGAGAGUGUUGACUCAGCUAGUAACACUUUUCGACGAUCUGCAAGGCAUCAGCAGUAAUGUGCUGGUAGUCGCCACCACCGCAAAGCCGGAUCUCGUGGACGGUUCUCUGAGGAGACCCGGCAGACUGGACAUGGAGUUCGAGAUCUACGUACCGACCCCGAACAUACGUAUCGAGAUAUUGGCGAAGUUGCUCUCAAAGAUUCCCAAUACACUUACGGACGAGGACGUGGAGGGUAUCUCGUUCGUUACUCACGGCUUCGUUGGCGCGGAUCUGUACGGUUUAUGCUCCAGAGCGAUAAUGAACGCAGUGAAACGUCACCAGAAGGACAGAAUCCCAUCCGACAAGGAACCGAAGGUGACGAUAACCGACUUUCAUUAUGCCUUGACCGUGACAAAGCCGUCGGCCAUGAAAGAAGUUUUAGUAGAAGUACCGAAUGUGAGAUGGUCAGACAUAGGCGGGCAAAGAGACCUCAAGCUGAAAUUAAAACAAGCCGUCGAGUGGCCGCUGACGCAUCCCGAUUCGUUCCUGAGAUUGGGCAUUACGCCUCCUAGGGGCGUCUUGAUGUUUGGACCACCGGGAUGCUCGAAAACUAUGAUCGCGAAAGCUCUCGCCACCGAGAGUAAAGUCAAUUUUCUGAAUAUCAGAGGCCCGGAGCUGUUUUCGAAAUGGGUGGGCGAAUCUGAGAAGGCCGUGAGAGAAGUAUUUCGAAAAGCGAGACAGGUCGCGCCGUCCAUCAUAUUCAUCGAUGAGAUAGACGCACUCGGUGGUGAAAGAGGCUCGUCUUCCGGUGGUAGCGGCAGCAACGUGCAGGAACGAGUGUUAGCUCAGUUACUGACGGAACUCGAUGGUAUCACCGCUCUGGGUAGCGUCACACUCGUAGCGGCUACUAAUCGCCCGGACAAAAUUGACAAAGCACUCCUCCGACCUGGACGAUUAGAUCGAAUUAUAUACGUGGGGCUGCCGGACAAGGAGACCAGACAAGAGAUAUUCGACAUAAAAUUGCGAAAUAUGCCGGUCGCGAAGGACAUAAAUAUCGCGGAUCUGAUCAGCCGAACGGAAGGCUACACCGGCGCGGAAAUUCAAGCGGUAUGCCAUGAGGCUGCCAUGAAAGCGUUGGAGGAGGACCUUGAUGCCGCUGUCGUUACCAAAGAUCAUUUCAUCGCCGCAUUUAGAGUUAUCGCUCCUAGAACGCCCAAGUCCCUCAUCGAAAUUUACGAGGACUACAUGAAUAAUAAAGUUUUAUGAGAAUUACAUAAGAAUACGUAUAAGUGUGUUUUCCAUUGCGAGAACAGGCAUCGAGUAAUCCUUGAGAUAUUAAAUCUUUUUGUGAUUAUCUCCCUGAUCUUUUUUUAGUAGCAAAGAAACGAGGAGGAACGAGUCUGACGAGUAUGUAUUUAUAAAUUCUCUCGAAAACAAAAUAAUUGAUUAAAAUUUAACAUUUAAGAUGUUUACGAAAUAUCGACUUAUACUUGACUGCAGGGACUGAACAGAAUAAAAUCGAGAACAAGAUCGGUCAAAUUAUGAUCGCAGAAUUUUUUUUUAAUUUGUUGAUCGAUCAAUCUGCGAAAACGUGAACAACUUUACUCUGUUAAAAGUUAUAUAUUAGCGCAUAAUGCAACCGAUCAAAUCAAUAAAUUAGGAAACUCGCUUAAUACAUUCAAAACAUUGUAUAAUAAGCUACUGAUGACGUGGACUCGGACGCGGUUCUCCGUCUACGGCCCAGUUACGGUAGCCGAUAGUAAUAAUAAUAACGACGAGUUUUAUUAUGACAAAUAAAUGGAAAUAUAUGUC